AUGACCUCUCUCACCUACAAAGAAGCUCUCAACGAACUCGACGAUCGUCGCAUCAAAUCCAUCAAACCUCUCAUUCCUCCUUCGAUCCUCAUCGAAGAAUACCCUCUCUCUCUUGACGCAGCUCAAACCGUCGCUUCAGGUCGCAAGUCAGCCGAAGAGAUCGUCAAACAGCAAGAUGAUCGUCUCCUCGUAGUUGUUGGUCCUUGUUCCAUUCACGAUGUUCGUUCUGGUCUCGAGUAUGCACGUAAGCUCGCUGCUUAUGCCGAGUCGGCAAAGCAGGAUUUGCACAUUGUGAUGCGAGUCUACUUUGAAAAGCCACGAACGACUGUCGGUUGGAAAGGCUUGAUCAAUGAUCCCAAUCUGAAUGGAAGCUUCCAGAUCAAUAAGGGCUUGAGGUUGGCCAGAGGUUUCUUGUUGGAGGUCAAUCUUUUGGGUUUGCCUGCCGCAACAGAGUUUUUGGAUACCAUUUCUCCACAGUACACUGCUGAUUUGAUCAGCUGGGGUGCCAUCGGUGCCAGAACUACCGAGUCGCAGGUCCACAGAGAGUUGAGCUCGGGCUUAUCCAUGCCGAUUGGCUUCAAGAACGGUACCGAUGGUUCCAUAUCCAUUGCCGUGGAUGCGAUUAAAGCCGCUUCCAGCGAACACGUUUUCCUCUCUGUUACCAAACAAGGCAUUUCGGCUAUCGUCGAAACCAACGGUAACGACGCUUGCCAUCUCAUUCUACGAGGAGCCAACACUGGUCCCAACUACUCUCCGGAGCACGUCGCUUCCGUAUCUUGCAAACUCACCUCCGCUGGUCUCCCAGCCCGUAUCAUGAUCGAUUGCUCCCACGGCAACUCAGAAAAGAAACACGAGAACCAAAUCAAAGUCAUCGACUCCAUCUCCUCUCAACUCGCAAAAGGCGAUCAGUACGGAUGCAACAUCUUUGGCGUCAUGAUCGAAUCCAACCUCGUCCAAGGUAAACAAUCAAUCCCCCCUCAAGGUCCUACCGCCUUGAAAUACGGUCAGAGCAUUACAGAUGCUUGUGUCGACUGGGAUACUACUGUCCAGGCCUUGGAAAAACUGAGACAAGGUGUUAGGAAGAGAAGGCAGAGUCCCCAAGCGAGCAAAGUGUUCCAGGCUAGAUUGAGCAGAUGUUCGAGUAGUCAAGGUGUAAACGAUCAUUUCUUACAACAGCAGGAUGGUGGCAAGGCGUUCAAUGAUGAUGCGCUUGCUACGCUGGGUAACAAGUAG